AUGGAGAUCGAAAUCCCGUACACGAGUCCUGUGGAUCCCCAGCGGUACGGCUCGCUCACGGUCGCGCUCUUGCUCAAUGGACUUGUGUUCAUGGCGCUCUUCUUUACACGCGCUGUGGCGCCAAAGAAGAACGCGCUUGUCGAGCUGGUGCUGUCGGUCAUCGGAGCAUCGCUGCUGGGCUUUGGCUCGCUCUUCCUCUUCUUGUGGGCCGAGAUCUACGUAUAA